GGGGCGAGGCCCGGAGCGAGCGCAGCGGGGCCGGAGGGCCGAGCGGGCGGAGGCGAGCAUAAGCCGGGCGUAGCUUUCGGAGGCUUCGCGGAGCUGGGGCCGGCGCGGCGCGGAGGCAGGAGAGCGCGAGGGGGGCCCGUGCCCCGGGGGACCCGGGUGGGAAGACCGAGGGGAGCGCGGGACCCCGAGCUGAGUCUGGAGCGAUCCCGGCCCGGCCGGCCCUGGGAGCCCGGGGGAGGGGGAGCCGAGCGACUGGAGGCAGACUCGCCGAGUGUCCCUUCCCAGGUCCUGUGUCCCCCCAGGGUGCUUUGCUCUGGCUCUCCGAGACGCACAGUGUGGAUGGACCACAGUGCCUUGGGCUGAGCCCUGUCGGGACCCUGGUCCUCCUCCUGGGCUCUCAGAGAGUCCCCCCAGCCUUUUUUUUUUUUUUCCUGGACUCCCACCGUGAUUCUCAGUCACCGUGGAGACUCGGGCUCUUUUCUGAGUAGUUAAUGACUCACCCAUCCCCUCUCUUUCCCUGGAAUUCCAGUGGGGGCACUCGGAUCUGCUAUUGGAGGAUCCUCCUUGUCUCUGAGACUCGGAGGGGUUCCUAAUCUCCCCCCCCCGGGAAACUCCCAAUGCUAACUUGUGUAAUCUGAAGGUGUGUGAGAUUCCUCCCUUUUCAAACUCGGAGCCCGAAGAACCCUAGACCGUCUCUCUCAAACACACGGAAUACCUCAGUUCCCCUCUUUGGGAAGAUUCGGAGGCUUGCAGCAGACCCCAUCAGCAUCCCGUAGAGACUGGGCUCCCAGAGUGGGUGAGCCUCACAGGAGCUCGACUUUCCCUCUAGGCCUCGCCCGUGCCGCAUUCACGCGCACAAGUGUCUGUGUAAACCCUACCAGGCAUCCUUAGGCCGAGAAAAUAGCAGGGUUUUUUGUUGUUGUUAUUGUUGUUGUUUAUUUUUCCUUUCCUGAGAGGCAGAGGCCUCUAGGAUUUGGGGGUUCAACUUUUGCUCAUUCCCAAUCUAGUUGUCACUGAGCCCCCCCCCAACUUCCUUCGAAAGUCCAGGGCUGCUCCCUACCGCCCCCCAGGCCCCCUGCACGGCUCUGUCUGACUCCUCAAAGCUCGCCUGGUCCCUGCCCGCCCGCUCCCAUCAUCAUGAUGAUGUGGUCUAACUUCUUCAUGCAAGAGGAGGACCGCCGUCGAGCGGCUGUGGGCCGGCGUCGUGCCCAGGGACAGCAGAAUCUCGGCUUGACUCCGGAGCGGGAGGGCAAGAUCAAGCUGGCGUUGCUGUUGGCUACCGUGGGUGCCACGCUGGCUGUGCUGUCGGUGGGCACCGAGUUCUGGGUGGAACUUUAUACAUACAAGACCAACGGCAGCGCCGUCUGCGAGGCCGCCCAUAUGGGGCUUUGGAAGGUGUGCGUCAAACGACUGUGGCAGGCGGACGUGCCCGCGGGCAGGGAUACCUGUGGCCCGGCUGAGCUGCCAGGAGAAGCAAACUGCACCUACUUCAAAUUCUUCACCACGGGGGAGAACGCUCGCAUCUUCCAGAGAACCACCAAGAAAGAGGUCAACCUGGCAGCUGCUGUGAUAGCCGUGCUGAGCCUGACAGCCGUGGCCUUGGGCUGCCUCUGUGUCAUCAUGGUGCUCAGUAAAGGUGCAGAGUUCCUGCUCCGCUUGGGAGCUGUCUGCUUUGGCCUCUCAGGCCUGCUGCUCUUCGUCAGCCUGGAGGUGUUCCGGCAUUCCGUUAGAGCCCUGCUUCAGGGAGCCAGCCCCGAGACUCCCCCAGCUCCACGCCUGACCUAUGAGUAUUCCUGGUCCCUGGGCUGUGGCGUGGGUGCUGGCCUGAUCCUGCUGCUGGGGGGAAUCUGUUUCCUGCUGCUCAGCCUGCCUUCCUGGCCCUGCGGGUCACUGUGUCCCAAGCGGGGUGACCCAACCACCUAGAGCCCUGGUCUGCUUUCUGUAGACAUCUGCCAAGCCUGCCUCGGUUUCCAGCUUUCUCCUCAAGGCUUUCCAUGUCUCUCCCAGAGAAACUGUCCUUCCCACUCCGAGGGCCCAUUUAACGGAACAUCUUGGUUCCUUGCCUUCUCUCUGUUUAUUUAUAACACUUUUGGUGGGGGGUGUGGGAGACGGCUCAGUAGGUAAAAGUGCUUGCUGAGCAGGCAUGAGGACUUGAGUUUGGGCCCCCAGAACACACUUUAAGGGGCCAGAUCAGUGGUAUGUGUCUGUAAUCUCAGCAUUGGGAAGGCAGAGACUGGGGGGAAGAAGCCUGGGGCUCACUGGCCAGCUAGCCUAGCCAAAUGAGGUCCAGGUUCAGCGAGAGAUCCUGUCUCAAAAAAUAAGGCGGAAGCUAUGGAGGGAGAUGCCUGAUGCUGAACUCUGACUCCCCAUGCACACACACACACACACACACACACACACACACACACGCAUGCAUGCACGCAUGCACACACACACACACACACACACACACGCAUGCCCGCACGCACACACAGACAUGUUGUUCUUGGAAACUGAAUUUGGACUGUUUAAGGCAGGGUAGAAAGAGGCUGUGUGCAAAUUUGGGCUCCCAGGGGAGCCUCCCAGGGACCUGAUGAGGGCAAGGGUUCCCGCAGGAUUUGGGGACCGUCCUUGUCCAGGUAUCAGUGCUGAUUCACUUGAAGGAGAGACGUCCUACGGUGGCCUGGUGGGGCAGGGAAGAGCCGGGUCUGACUUCACUGUGAUCUGAUCUGGGAUUAAAGGUUUGAAGAUG